AUGGAAGUCAAAAUUAUUUCCCAGGAAAUCGUCAAGCCUUCAACACCAACUCUUCCCCACCCGGAAACAUACAAAGUCUCCCUUCUCGACCAAUUCUCACCUUCUUCCUACAUGCCCUUCAUCCUUUUCUACGACAGCGCCAAAUUCCCCGACAAACUUUCCGCGGAUGAAUCCCCGAUUCAUCAACUCAAAGAAUCCUUCUCCAAAGCCCUUUCGAUCUACUACCCUUUAGCCGGCAGAUUCAAGGACCCUGCCACCAUUGACUGCAACGAUGAAGGCGGUUUGUUCGUGGAAGCUAAGGUUAAUUCCACGCUGUCCGAAUUCCUCAAACAUCCUGAUAUUCAAGCCUUAAACGAUUUCCUCCCAUGCAAAGCUAACGGCCUCGAAAAAGACCCGAUUCCUCAUGUUGCCGUAAAAAUCACCCGAUUCGAAUGUGGCGGCUUUGUUGUCGGUGCAUGCUUGUUUCAUAAAGUUGUGGAUGCAUUAGCCUCGUGUGUUUUCCUCAACAACUGGGCUAAACUCACGCGCGGAGAAACCAUCGUCGAACCCGAUUUCGCGAUCGCGUCAUCCCUUUUCCCUCCAAGGGAUCCUUUGUCGAAUGAUUUCAUAAGAAACUUCGACAACUUCUUCUUCCAAGGCACUAAAUCUCACAUGAGAAGGUACUUGUUCGAUGCCAACGCGGUCAACGUUCUCCGGGCCAAAGCCACAAGCGAAAAUGUCCCGAACCCGACCCGAGUGGAAGCCCUGGCUGCUUUUGUAGCCGAAAGGAUGACGGAAGCCUACUCCAAAACCGCAAAGUCAUCCGACCCGGGUUUCUCAACGCUAAUGCUGACUCAUCCGGUCAACCUGCGACAAAGAAUGGAGCCGCCGUUGCCGGACAACGCUUUUGGAAACAUCAUCUGGCUGGCCUUUGCGUUCUACGAGAUGGACACGUCAAACGGUACUAAGAUCGAGUUGCCUGAUUUGGUGGAAAUGUUGAGGGAAGCGUUUUCGAGUUUGAACAAAGAAAGCAUGGCUGAGCUGGACUCCGACGAGGCGUUCACCGCCUUGAAUGAGUUGUUGGAGAGUGUUUACACGAAUGAGAACAUUAAGAUCUACAGGUUUACGAGUGCUAACAAUAUGGGUCUUUAUGAUGUUGAUUUCGGGUGGGGAAAACCCAGUUGGUUUGCCCAUAUGGGGGAUAUGAUCGGUUAUCGAUCCAAGCAACAGUUUGUGUUCAUGGAAGCUACCAGUGGGAAAGGAUUGGAGCUCUGGUUGGCUUCUGAUGAAGACCAAAUUUCCGUACUGGAAAAAGAUCCUCAGUUUCUUGAAUACGCCAUUCCAAAUCCUGCCAUCUCCAUUUAA